UUUGGAUUUGGGAAUAAUUGUCAAGGGAAUGGGUGCUCUUUGGAUCUCUCGGCUCCUGUGAUUUUCCUCACUGAGGGUGAAACCAAAGCAGCUGAUAACCUCCUGCACAGACCCACUAAGACUCCUUCAUUUCUGCCAUGACGGUCACAUACACAGCCCGUGUGGCCAAUGCCCGCUUUGGUGGCUUCUACAAGCUGUUGCUGCUGUGGCGUGGAAGCAUCUACAAAUUACUUUACAAGGAGUUCCUGGUCUUCUCUGUGUCCUACCUGGGACUCAGCGUUACCUAUCGCUAUGUCUUAAGUGAGCAUCAGAAACGGUACUUCGAGAAGCUGGUCAUUUACUGCGACAACUAUGCCAAUCUCAUCCCUGUCUCCUUUGUUCUGGGUUUCUAUGUGACGCUGGUGGUGAACCGCUGGUGGAGCCAGUACACCUGCAUGCCGAUGCCAGACCGCCUGAUGUGUGCCAUCUCUGGGACUGUGCAUGGUGCUGAUGAGAGGGGGCGGCUUUACCGGCGAACACUCAUGCGGCACUGCAGCCUUUCGGCCGUCCUGAUCCUGCGCUCGGUCAGCACCGCUGUAUUCAAACGCUUCCCCACCAUUGACCACGUGGUGGAGGCUGGGUUCAUGACCCGAGAGGAGCGCAAGAAAUAUGAAAACCUUAACUCUUCCUACAACAAAUACUGGAUCCCUUGUGUUUGGUUUACCAACUUAGCUGCACAGGCACGCAAAGAGGGCCGUAUACAUGAUAACAAUGCUCUCAAGCUGCUCAUGGAGGAGCUGAAUCUCUUUCGAGGCAACUGCAGUAUGCUCUACCACUAUGACUGGAUUAGCGUUCCACUAGUCUACACACAGGUUGUCACCAUUGCUGUGUACAGCUUCUUUGUGGCUUGUCUCAUUGGACGACAGUUCCUUGACCCAGACCAGGGCUAUAAAGGCCACGACUUGGAUCUGCUUGUCCCUGUUUUUACCCUGCUACAGUUCUUCUUCUAUGUUGGAUGGCUCAAGGUGGCUGAGCAGCUCAUUAAUCCUUUCGGGGAGGACGACGACGACUUUGAAACCAACCUACUAAUUGACAGGAAUUUCCAGGUCUCUAUGAUGGCUGUGGAUGAGAUGUAUGGGGACCUGCCCCUUCUGGAGAAGGACCGGUACUGGGAUGCCUCAAACCCUCGAGCCCCAUACACUGCAGCCACUGUCUCCUUGCUGCAUCAGCCAUCCUUCCUGGGCUCUACUUUUGACAUGACACUGGCCAAGGAAGACAUGCAGUUCCAGCCUCUUGAGGAUAUUGCAGAGGGCCUGGAGCACAGUCGCCAUGUACCGGCACAUCUCCUGAAUCGCCUGCUUUCCACAGCCCCUGCACCGGGUGGCUUCGGACGUCGACUCUCUCUGCUGAGGCGCAAGAACAGCUGUGUCUCUGAAGCAUCUACCACCUAUAGCUGCCUUUGUCAGGACACACAAACCAUGGACUGCACCUGUGAGCCUCCUGGCCAGAAUGUGCUCAUCAAUAGCAUUCACUUCAGCUCUGAAGGAGAGGGGGAACCUGCCCACGAAGCGGCUGGCUUAGUCACAGAUGCACAAGACGACCUCCUCGAGACCCAUGGUGAUGGGCUAAGUGACCCAGUUCAGGGCAUUCCGGACCAUGAGAGUGCUCUGACUAAUCCUCAGGAUGGGGUGCCCUUUGUGGACACGUCUGUUCCUGCAAGCGAGAGUGCCUCAUCUCAGCCGCUCCUAGACCAUGCCUCUUCAGAUGCUCCCUUCUUCCACAGCUCAAAAGAGAUUCCCAGCAAGGGGCUUUCCACAGUCAACUAUCCCCACUGGCUUCAGAGCCCCAUUGAAGAGGAAAAUGUGGCAUAAGCUAGUGUUUCCGACUCCACACACUGGAGUGGCCAGAUUGCAAGGGGUGGCCCAUCAUUGGUUAGCACAGAUGAGACUGCUCCAACAGCCAUGGGACACCCAGUGGUUUUUUAGAUUUCACUCUCAGGGCCAACAUUGGGCAAAGUUGUCUGCUAAACAGCCCAUCUCUAUGGACACCUGCUCUUGAUUGGCACAUUAUAAUCAGAGGGCGCUCUUCCUGAAGAACCAGAUGAAAUAUUGUAAAGCCAGCCUGUUUCCCACCCCCACCCCCCGCCGCAU